UUUGGUUGGUGGAAUAAUCGGCAAUACGUUAUAAAAUGCAAUUUCCCGAUUCAAUUAUUGCCGACGUGACUUAGAAACUCCUCCGUUUUAUCACACAACCCAUCUCAGGCGAAGAACGAAAGCUGCAGGGAAGAGAUAACAAUGGCGGAGACGAAGCGGAUUCCCAGAGCUCACGUGGUGGUGAUGCCUUACCCACUUCAAGGCCACAUAAACCCUAUGCUCCAAUUCGCCAAACGCGUGGCCUCCAAAGGAGUAAAGGCCACUCUCGCCGCCGCCGUUUACACAGUCUCCUCCGUCUCCGACGCCGCCGUCUCCGUCGAACCCAUCUCCGACGGAUUCGACGAAGGCGGCCUCUCCCAGGCCGGCUUCGACCUCGACCUCUACACCGAGGCGUUCAGGACCAACGGGUCGAAGACCCUGACUCAGCUCAUCGAGAGACACCGAGACACCGAGUCGCCGGUGAGUUGCGUCGUCUACGACUCGUUUCUCCCGUGGGGGCUCGACGUUGCGAAGCAGAACGGCGUUUUGGCCGCCGCGUUCUUCACCAACAACAUUACGAUGUGCUCCGUCAUGGCCCAGAUUCACGGUGGGCAGCUUCCUAUUCCGGUGGAUCCUGAAACGGCGCCGUUUCGGAUCCGAGGUCUGCCGCCGUUGAACUUCUCGGACUUGCCGUCGUUUGUUACGAAGCACCGGCUGAGCCAUCCAGGGCAUUUGGCCGUUCUCAUGGAUCAGUUCCCCAAUCUCGAAGAAGCCGAUUGGUUGUUUGUUAACAGCUUCGAGGGCUUGGAAACACAGGAAGACGGGACGGGAGAAUCUGAGGUUUUCCCGGGAAAGCUGAUCGGUCCAAUGGUCCCAUCAGCGUACCUAGACGGUCGGAUCAAGGACGACAAAGGUUACGGCUCGAGCCNAUGGAAGCCACUGUCCACAGAAUGCAUGGAAUGGCUCGAGACAAAGCCUGCGAGGUCCGUGGCAUUCGUCUCGUUCGGUUCCAUGGCUCUGAUCUCAGAAAAGCAAAUGGAGGAAAUAGCAUUAGGGUUAGAAAAAAGUGGACUGUACUUCCUAUGGGUGAUCAAAGAUGCCCAGAUCGCGAAGCUUCCAAAGGAGUUGUUAGAAUCGAUAAAAGACAGAGCUUUGAUGGUGCCGUGGUGCAACCAGCUCGAGGUUCUGGGUCAUGGAGCAGUGGGUUGCUUUCUGACGCACUGCGGAUGGAACUCGACGCUCGAGGGGCUGAGCCUUGGGGUUCCCAUGGUGGGUUUGCCGCAAUGGAGCGAUCAAUUCUGCGACGCGAAACUCGUGGAGGAGAUCUGGAAAAUUGGGAUAUGGGCAAAGGAAAGCGAAGGGAUAGUGAGUGGUGAGGAGAUCGCGAGAUGUUUGAGAGAAGUGGCUGAGGGAGAGAGGAGCAGAGAGAUUAGGGAGAACGCGAGGAAAUGGAGAGAGUUGGCCAAGGAAGCCAUUAACGAGGGUGGAAGCUCUGACAAGUGUAUCGAACUAUUCAUACAGUCUUUAGCUUCUGCUUGAUAUUUAUUCAAUCAUUUUUAUAUGGUUGAAAAAGAAAAUGAGUUGAGUGGGUUUUUAAGAAGUGAAAUUGGUUCUAAA